AUUGAAACUCAAAUAUUAAGCGUUUCAUUUGAUACAGUGCACUAACAAUGAUACCUCUAGCGUUUGUUUGUUUAAUAUCUUUUGCCCAUGGGCAAAUUGAUAGUAAUAACAUCAUCACGACACCAUCGAACUGCCUUCCACCUAAACAGUUGAUUAACGGAAUCUGUCGGGACGUCUGGCGUCUGGGACAAGAAGCCGACCAACAAAAUGUCAUAACCGUUCCGCCCAACUGUAAAGAAGGCCAAGUAUUGGUUAACGGGGAGUGCCGAGAUAUUUGGAAGUACGUGAACCCACUUAAACCAGCAGGUGACCAACACAACAUCAUUACAGUUCCACCCAAUUGCAAAGAAGGCCAAAUAUUGGUUAACGGCGUGUGCCGGGAUAUUUGGAGGACCCUGGCUUCAGCACUACGAGCAGUAAUUCCUGAGGAUCACAAAGACAAAAACACAAUUGUGGUACCACCAAAUUGCAAGGAAGGACAGCAACUAAUCAAUGGUGUGUGUCGCGAUAUCUGGCUCAGGUAUGUUAACACGGCCCGUCCCUUGCUGAUGAAGAUGAUAUAAAUGUACUUAUAAAAAACAUUAUAGAUGUCCCAAAUCAAUGCCCAAAAGGAUAUAGGCCCGAUGCCAACGGAGUAUGUCGUCCCAUACUGAAAAUGGUCUAAAAAAACAUCAUCAUAGCGCGCAUAAAAUGACACUUGACACAUUACAUAUUAUAACAGUUGACAUUUAUGGAUUGUGUGAAUUUAUUAUUAAAAAACCCGUUUUCAAUCUAUCAAAUUAUAUGCUCCAGCUACAUACAUAUAUGUAAAUGUGAACUGUUUUAUUCAUUAGACUAGACAUACUACAAUGUAUGUAUGUAUAUUAAUUAAAGAAUUAUAUGCA